UUAUCCCAGUCAAGUAAAAUUACUUUGCUCAAUGCCACUUCAACUAUACAAGUGAGACCAGGUGCUAAAGAAUGGAUUCCCCAAACUAUUUUCCCUCCAAAACCUACUACCUAUAACAGUAGACAGACAAUCAGUUCAGCAACUGCUGCACUUGUGGUCACCAUGCCAUUAAACUUUCAUCUUACUGGAGUCGCAUUUAAUGAGCAGCUUACGAACCACAUAAGUGACGAGUACAAAACACUGGAGAAGGAAGUAAAACUUGUGAUGGACAAGAUAUGCUUUGGCAAAUACCAGAAUAGUUAUCUUACAACAGAAAUAAAAUCAUUUUUGAAGGGCUCGGUGAUUGUUGAGAGUAAUAUUGUGUUUAAGAACAACCUCUACAUGCCAAGUGUAUCUGACAUUAUCAGGACUCUCCUGACUGAUGGAACCAAGACAAAUUAUUUUGAAUGGUCUAUUAAUGGCUCAACUGUAGAGUUAAAUGGCUACACAAGGUCUAAUAUGCCAUUGGAGAAUCUAUCAAUAUCUCUCCUGGUUCUGCGUGCUGGGUAUAUUGCAGUAAGCCAGAAGAAUAAAGAAAAGCAAAGUUUCUUGGACAAUCUGCAGAAAGCGGUGUUCAAUGCUGUUCAUACAUCAUUCCCAAUCGCAAACGUUUCAUUUUCACAAAUCCGGAAUGUUUAUGGAGACCUGACAGUAAGAGGCAACCUUUACUUAAACUCUACCGUCCAUACAAAUGUGCAGUCUCUGAUGUCCACCUUACUGCCCCUUGUAAACAGAUCUGUGGACCUUAGUUCCAUCAUUGUGAAUGGCAUCGGAAAUGAAUUGAAAGUUCAGACCAUUAAUUUUCGACUUACAAAUGAACAGUUUGUGCUAAAUCUACUGGAUAUGUCAUCAACUGAAUCUCAACUUCUUAGCAAAGACCUUUCAACGGUGGUAUUGUCCGUGUUACGUGAUGGUAACCUCCUUCAGGUGAUAAUGAGGGAAUUCAAGAGUGGCUCUGUAGUUUGCAGAGGAGAUCUUGUGUAUCAGGUUCCGGCACCUGGUAGUAGAGAGGUUCUCAAAAUCUUCCUUAAAAGCCUUGGAUCUGAUGGCAUUUUGGGAUCCUCAAAGUAUAAAGUGGAUUCUAAAUCUAUAAUCAUAGGCGAUUCCAGUCCUGGACCUUACAAUGAGUAUCUUGAUUUCCCUGGAUUUGGUGUGGCAAUAAUUGUAAUGUGUGGACUCUGCAUAUUGAUCUUCCCAAUCAUUAUUUUUGUGUGUGCCAAAACCAGGAUGCUCGGCCAUAGAAAAAAGGCUACUAUUCAGAGGCAACCUGAUCCUGAUAACCAAAGUCAUAGUUUGGAGAUGGAUAACCAAGCAUUUAGAGCAUACAUUGAGCAACCUUAAUGAUGACUUUUUGCCCAGUGGUUUUAGACCGGGACACAGAUAACCAAAGAUAUAGAAGCAGCCAUGAGACUCACUUGAAGUGGGAGUGAGAUGGAGAUUUGCUUUUACCAGGCAGUGUCAGCUGGCUCUGUAUCUGCUUUGCACGUGUUGAAUGUGGUGUCCGGACAGUGGCUGGCAUGUUUUAAUGGAGAUUUACUGCUUGGACUCAUUCCAACAAGGCAAGAGACCUCAGAGGGGAGGAAACAUCCCUGUUAUUGCCUAAUCCAGCAUUUUUGUUAAGCUUGCACAACUGAAAUAAAA